UUUUAGAACGUUAAUCUAUUUUCCAUUUAGAUGAUGGAUACGUUUUUACCCGGGAUGAAAGCACUGAAAAAAGGACAUCUUGUAUUCUUGUCUUCGAUGGCUGGUAUCAUUGGUUUGAAGAACUUAGUGCCUUAUUGUGCGUCCAAAUUCGCCGUGAGAGGUUUAGCCGAAGCCAUAAAGGACGAAUGCAGGCAAGACGGCCAUGUAAAUCUCCAUUUUACCACUAUAUACCCGUAUAUGGUCGAUACCGGCUUGUGUAAGAAACCAUUGAUUCGUUUUCCGAAUUUGUUACCGCUCAUGACGCCCGAAUCAACGGCGAAAGAAAUAAUAACUGCGGUGAGAAGAAAUGAACUUGAACAUUCCGUUCCGAAUACACUGCUCGGAAUCAAUAAUAUCUUUAGAUGUUAUCCUAACAAAAUGGCAUUGGCUUUUAAAGAUUUUAUGGGCGGUGGCGUUGAUGCUCAUGACGACUGAAUUGUAGGUACAUACCUGCACCGAAAGAUACCAUUUUAUUGAUUCCUUAAUAAAAAAUAUUCUACAGUUGUUAUGACUAUUGCUUAAAUUGAAAUUGUUUACUAUCAAGAACUCUUAGUGCCUAACUAAAUAUUUUAUAGUAAUAUAAUUUUUAUUGUUAACCAUUUAAAACCUUGUAUAAUUUAUUACAAAUAGUUUUUAAGAACAGAAUAAGUGCUUACUAACAUUUAUGCACAGUAUGCUUAACAAAAUAUUUUUUUAUUCGUAAUGAUUAGCAUAAUAAGUAAUGAUUUUUAUUUUAAGUAAAACAACA